AUUGGCUCCGGCAGCGGCUUGGCCUCGGAUCCGCGAUGGAGGAGGAGGCGCCGCGGAGAUCUGCGCGCGGUGGUGGUGCCAGCCCGCUUGGGGGCGCCGCGGAACCGGCCAGCUGGACGCGCCUCCGACGCGCACGGGGGGUUUCCCGGAGCCCAUAAAAGCCGGCCGGAGGACGCAUGGCUGGACAGAGCCUCCCGCGCGUCCCGGCUCUCCUCUGCCUCCGCUGGGCUCCGUCCGGGCCCGCCCUGGACGCCCGCCUGCUCGGAAGCUGAUGCGCCCUGCCCGUGCGCUUUUACGCGCGGCUGGUGCGCUUUUACGCGCGGCUGGUGCGCCAUGGGAGACUCCCAGCGGCGGCCGCCGCCGGAGCCUUUGUCGGCGCGCUCCCGGCUCAGCUAUUCGGUGGGGCACUUUCUCAACGACCUGUGCGCCUCGAUGUGGUUCACCUACUUGCUGGUUUACUUCCACUCCAUCCUGGGCUAUAGCACCAGCCACGCGGGGGCGCUCUUGCUGGUGGGGCAAGUGGCCGACGGCGUCUGCACGCCGCUGGUGGGCUACGAGGCGGAUCAGGCCGGCGGCUGCGGGCGCUACGGGAGGAGGAAGUCGUGGCACUUGGCCGGUACCAUCUGCGUCCUCCUGUCCUUCCCCUUCAUUUUUAACCCUUGCCUGGGAUGCUCAGAGAACACCCCCCAGUUUGCAGCCCUCAUCUACUUCAUCCCCUUCAUCGUCAUCUUCCAGUUCGGCUGGGCUGCUACCCAAAUCUCCCACCUCUCUCUCAUCCCAGAGUUGGUGGACAGUGAUCAUGGAAAAGUGGAGCUCACAGCUUUCCGGUAUGCCUUCACCGUCAUGGCCAAUAUCACUGUUUAUGCAGCAGCCUGGCUCCUCCUUCACUUCCAGGUGGGCCACCGCGGGCAGCCAGAGCAAAGCCACCACCUCGGCCGCCACGACAUCCCCGUCUUUCGGAACCUGUCUCUGAUCGUGGUGGGCAUCGGCGCUGUCACUUCGCUUCUCUUCCAUCUGGGCACGAAAGAAAAGUGCUCCCCAGUUUCCAGGCUGCCGGAUCCUGAGGAACGGACCCCCCUGUUGCCCCCGGACCGAAAAAGCCCAGCUCGGCCCCUGCUCCUCUGGAAACACUGGCUUCUGGAGCCUUCUUUUUACCAGGUGGCAAUGUUGUAUAUGGCUACACGGCUCAUCGUCAACCUCUCCCAAACCUACAUUGCCAUGUACCUCACCAAUUCGUUGAUGCUCCCUAAGAGGUUCAUCGCCACGAUUCCCCUGGUGAUGUACAUUAGCGGCUUCCUCUCCUCGUUUCUGAUGAAGACUGUGAACAAGAAGAUUGGCAGGAACCUCACAUACUUCGUGGGCUUGCUAAUCAUCCUGGCGUUUGCUUCCUGGGUGGCACUGGCUGAAAGAAUCGGUGUGGAGAUCUAUGGGGCAGCCGUCCUUCUGGGCACCGGUUCGGCCACAAUCCUGGUAACCUCUCUCUCCAUGACGGCCGACCUCAUCGGCAGCAACACACACAGCGGUGCCUUUGUCUACGGAGCUAUGAGCUUCACGGAUAAAGUCGCCAACGGAGUCGGCGUCAUGAUCAUCCAGAACUUGCACCCGUGCCUGACGGAACACUGUUGCAGCAACUGCAUUCCAUUUUACCGUUGGGUGAUGGUGGCCGUCACUGGAGGAAUGGCCGUCGUCGCCACCUUGGGCCUCGCCUGCAUAAUGAUUUGGCCCAUCCGCGUCCGGUUCCAUGACGUCUCCGUUUCAGGACUGGCCGGCACGCGAUCCCGGGAACUCAGAGACUCUGAAGGGGGUGAAAAUCCUGGGGUCGUCAACUGAGGCUAUGUUUCCUUUGAAAGGGGAGCGAUCCAGAAGACGCCACGGCAGGGAGAACCCAAAGACUGGGCUGCCCUCCCCUCGACCCAACUGUUUUCCUCUUGAGAAUCGGGACCAUUCGCAACUCUUUCCUUUUCCCCCUCCUUGCACAUUUUGCACAGUUCUGUCUCGUCACCCGCCCUGCCCUUCCAUUUGCACGUCAAACACAAAAGUUACUAGACCUCAUGAAAGAAGACAUUCUCCACCCCCCAAGUCCCUAUCUCCCCUGCCCUCGCCACAUCAGACCACUUUUAUAUACAUAUAUAUAUAUAUAAAUCUACUUGUAUAUAAGAAUUAUAAAUAAAGGUGUGUGUUUUUAUUAAAAAAAGAAAGAAAAAGGAA